AUGCCUACCUCACCUACAGAAUCAAUACCCAACUCUUCUACUAAAGAACAACCAAUUCUACCGAAGAUGUUACCUACGGCGAAAUCACCGCACACAACACCAGCACAACUGCCACAGAAUUCCGACCACCAUCACCACCACCAGCAAACACCACCACAGCCUACAGAUGGCCAACAAUGUUCUAAUUGUGGAACUACCAAAACUCCGUUAUGGAGAAGAGCCCCAGACGGCACACUAAUAUGCAAUGCGUGUGGCUUAUAUUAUCGAUCAAAUAACACUCAUCGUCCUGUAAAUCUUAAACGGCCACCAAACACAAUAGCUGUUGUCAAAGAGGAAGAAGGUUCAUGUAAAGGUGAUGGAAGAUGUAAUGGUACUGGAGGAUCGGCUGCCUGUAAGGGAUGUCCUGCUUAUAAUAAUCGUAUAGUGGCGAAAAAAGCGUUGGAAAAAUCACCGAAAAACGAUUCAUCAAGAGCUCCUAUAGAUAAAAGUUUGAAAAGAAGUACGAGUACUGACGCUACUACUGAAGAUGAAAGCUCUCUAGCGAUUGCAUGUUUUAAUUGUGGAACAACAAUAACCCCAUUAUGGAGAAGAGAUGACGCGGGAAAUACGAUUUGUAAUGCCUGUGGUCUAUUUUAUAGGUUGCACGGAUCUCAUCGUCCAAUCAAAAUGAAACGACCCACUAUUAAACGAAGAAAAAGAAAUGUUUCGGACAAAAAAUCAAAAGAUGAGGUUCAGAUGCAUCUGUCUGAUCAAAGUCCCAUUGUUGCUUCAGACCCGAUAUCUCCGACUCCACAUAAUAAUGAGAACAAUAAUAAUGUUACAAAUAUUACCACAACAACGAAAACUCCGACAAGAUCACCUCAUUAUUAUCAACCACCACCACAAUAUCCGUAUCAACAUCAUCCAAUAAAUUCGACUACUUCAUCAGCCAUUAAUCGACUUCCUCCAAUAUCAUACCAGUCACCAUAUCAAACAGCACCGCUCUCUCAUUCACCAAUGCAAUCAUCGUCAUCAUAUUCUCCAGGAGCAUCAUCGGUAAUUCCUUCAUCAUACUAUCCGCCAUAUAGUGGAUCUGGAAGAAUACCUAAUGGACCCGGACCUGUUCCUGGUCCGCCUCCACCUCCACCACCGACGCAAUCACAACCACAUCAUCAACAAAUCACAACUUCUCCUACUUCACAGUCGUACGGCUCCUUGCGUGCUCCAAUACAUAUAACAAAGAGGGGUUAUACACCAGAAAACAUAAGAUUACCUUCUAUUCAAUUGACAUCUUCAACUUCAUCUAACAGUGAAACAAAAUUACCACCUAUAACCAAUCACUCAGAGAAAUGUUGCUCGAAUUGUGCUGGACCGAAAUCAUUAGCACCAAUGGCUAUUGAUUUUACUGCCAGUUAUAGAUUUAAUAAUAUUGAUUCACAAACUAAAUUGACUAAAGAAGAUCAAAAUGAUAGUGAGGGUGUGUCACGUGACAACGACACAAGAGAUGAAAACAAGCCAAUCAAGCAAGAAGAACAUCGGAGUGCACUUUCUAUUGGGAAGUUGUUAAAUGGAUAG